CCCCGCUACAGAUAGACAACUCCUCAGUAAAGAAAAAUUGUGAAACUGAAUAACACAACGCUAUUAUAAACGGAAGAAGAACCAUGAAAAUAAUACUUUCAAUUGCUUUGGCUACGAUUGUCGUAUCGCUACCGGUACACAGUUCAGUGAUAUCAGCUAAAAACGGCUCACUAAACUGCGAUGGAUUAAUUUGUCCUGAAGGAAGUACAUCGUGUAUUGUCUCGCAAAAGACGUUCGGCGACUUGACUCAAUACAAGUACGUUCGAAUAUGCACUGACGAGUUCGGAGGCCCAACUGACUCUAAAACAGAAGAGUUAGAUAAUCCCAGUCCAGGCACAGUAAUAAAUACCAUCUCACUGUACGGCGGGAAUCGGGAAUUGACCGAAGCAGAACGGAAAGAAAUUCGAGACCAAAUUGACAAAAUGGUAGCAGAAACUGAUCAGAUAGUGAAAGAUGCCGCAGAUUACGUAAAAGAAACCACAAACUAUUGGAAUAACUGGACUUCAGACUUUACUGCUAAUAUGAAGAAAAAGUUUCCUCCUGGCUUUCCAUUUAUUAAAUAAUUUUGUAUUUUAAACUUCGAAUAAAUUCAUAUUCUAGCUAACAAAUAAA